CAACCUCCCAUAAAAGUAACCCAAUGUAUAACAGCAACAUUCACAUUUGGGCAAGGUAUAGAAAAUGAAUUAAACUCUGUUGUUUCUCAGGUGGACCGCCUUCUGAUUCAUCAACAAUUGGAGAUAUUGGAAGUCAUGGUUGGAUAUGAGACCGAAAACAAAUAUGAAGUUAAGAACAAAAUUGGCCAACAGAUCUACUUUGCCACUGAAAAGUCUAACUUUUGCUGUAAAAUAAUCUGCGGGUCAAGGCGAGCUUUUGAAAUUCAUCUUGUGGACAAUAUGGGGACGGAGGUCAUCUGCAUGAAACGGACCUUGCGAUGUCAGAGUUGUUGGUGCCCGUGCUGUUUGCAGAAGUUAGAAGUGCAAGCCCCACCAGGUGAACCAAUUGGCUACGUGGUCCAGAAAUGGCACCCAUGCUUACCCAAGUUUGUCAUUCAGGAUAAAAACAAAGUUGCUAUUUUGAAGGUCCAUGGCCCGUGCUGUCUUUCCAGCUGCGGUCAUCCAAUUAAGUUCAAG